GUCUCUGCUAGCCGGUAAUACAACCGACUUUUACAAUCGCGUUCGCCUCAAGUUUCAACUAGAAAUCGCGAAAACGCCGCUAUACGUACGCGAUGGGCUGUAUUUUUCUGAGAAGUUUCAUCACCCUGGCUUUUUGCUGUCUAAUCGUGGACGCUAAAGGAGCAAUCUACUUGACGACCAAAAAUGGAACAUUCCCAAUAACGCUGACAUCCUUCAAGUCCCAUGAAAGCGUUGCGGGAAGAGCCACUCCAAAGAUUUUAUCUACAACCGCUAAAAAUCUGUCAAGAGACGUUGAAUACUGGGAUGAAAGAUCUGACGCACUACUCUCGAGCUUUGUCAACGAUACCUAUGAGGAUAUCGAAUCCAACGAGUGGAAAUUAAAUCAAAAGAGAAGCAUUAACGACGCCGUAUCGAAAAAUAUCACGUUGGUUCUCGAAAAUCUAUUGAAGAAUUAUGAAAAUUCCCAACUACCCACUCACGGAAAAGGCUAUCCUACUGUCGUCCAAACGAAUAUAUUGAUACGAAGUAUGGGACCAGUCUCUGAAUUAGAUAUGGAUUAUUCGAUGGAUUGCUACUUCCGACAAUACUGGCGAGACACGCGUCUCUCUUUCCUCGGCCCGAUAAGGUCCUUGUCGCUCUCGAUCAAAAUGCUGGAAAGAAUAUGGCGGCCGGACACUUACUUCUACAACGGGAAACAUUCGUAUGUCCACACAAUCACUGUGCCCAAUAAGUUGUUGAGAAUCAGUCAGCACGGCGACAUUCUUUAUUCUAUGAGGCUGACUAUCAAGGCGAAAUGUCCUAUGGAGCUCCGGAAUUUCCCGAUGGAUCGACAAUCUUGCCCGCUUAUCCUCGGCAGCUAUGCCUACUCGAAUCAACAGUUAGUUUACCAGUGGCAAAAUUCCCAGAGCGUGAACUUCGUACCGGGCAUGACUCUGUCACAAUUCGAUCUGAUCAGCUUCCCAUACAGAAAUUUCACUUUUACUAGACGAGAAGGUGAUUUCUCAGUGCUGCAAGUGUCGUUCAAUCUCCAACGACACACGGGAUAUUUCCUUAUUCAAGUGUACGUGCCCUGCAUUCUCAUUGUUGUGCUGUCGUGGGUCUCUUUUUGGAUACAUCGAGAGGCGACUUCUGACCGGGUGGGUCUCGGAAUCACAACGGUCCUGACGCUUUCUACUAUCAGUUUGGACUCCCGCACGGACCUGCCCAAGGUCCGAUACGCUACCGCUCUGGAUUGGUUCCUGCUAAUGAGCUUCUUCUACUGCAUAGCGACGUUACUCGAGUUUGCUGGAGUGCAUUAUUUCACAAAGGUUGGAUCGGGUGAAAUUGUUAUAGACGACUCCGAGUGGGAGGACCUGAUUGAAGAAGUAGGCGGGGACGCCUUCGCAGCUCGACAGCUGGCUGUGAGACGACGCAGUUCUACUAGAUCUAGUGCUAAUUUUAACUUCCCUGCAACGUCUGAUGAGCAGGAAUCCACCGAACUGCCAAAUCCGCCCACGGAACACACUGCCGUUCGCCUUACAAUGGAGAGGACGACGCAGACCGAAGUGAGGGUGCCCCGGUGGAGACAGCUGCUGUACUGCCUCGCUGGGGACGACCAGUACAGGCGACAGAGGCAAAGGGAGGCUGGUAACCGCGGCCAUAUCAACAGCGUGUCGCACAUAGAUAAAGCAGCCCGCGUACUGUUCCCGGCGUCGUUCGCGCUGCUCAAUCUCUUCUACUGGCUGAUUUACGCUUUCGCCAACGACACCUUCGCUUGGAGUGACAACCCUAUUAGCACUCUUUCACAUUGA